AUGUCGGCCGCUUGCGCUUGCAGCUGGAGGCCAGCGGCCGGGAGGUACCGGAGCUGGCGUACCACAUCCACGGCCAGCUCCUCGGCGGCCGACGCCGACCGCACCGACGGCCACGUGGUGUAUCAGCUGACCGAGACGGCGGUGGUGGCGCUCUGGGAGGACCGACGUCUGAUGGCGGCCGACACUACGGGCCUGCGCACGUGGCAGGCGGGCAAAGCGCUGCUGGACUGGUACCUGCUGCGGCCGGAGGCGAUCCAGGGCAGGCGGGUGCUCGAGCUGGGGGCCGGCCUCGGCCUGACCGGUCUGGCGCUGUGCAGGACGUGCUCACCGGCCUCCUACCACGUGACGGACGGCCAUCCCCUGGUAGUGGAGAUGCUGAAAUACAACGUUCUGAAAAAUCUCGAACUCGCGGAGGACGACUUGCCAGUUGUGGGACGAGUCGGCGUGCGCAGCGUUUGUCUCCGACGCGCCGGCCAGCGCGCCGCUAAAACCGUGCGGCGGUCCGGCUGA